AUGUCUUUCAAUUUCGGAGGCACGGGUGGAGCAGGAGACAAGAAGCCGACCUUCACUUUUGGCGCAGCAUCGACGCCCGCUGCGGGAGGACCUACGAAUGUGUUUGGCAACCAGGCAUCAACGACACCUGCUGGACCGCCGCCGUCUAACACGGGAUUCAAUUUUGGUGGAGGGCAAAGUAGCAAUACUGCAUCUAGCGGUCUAUUUGGUGGAGGCAAUGAAGGAAAGGGAGGCAGUGGCGGCUUUGGCGGUACAAGUACGACGCCGGCUGCUACACCAGCUCCUGCUUCCUUCUCAUUCGGAAGCAAGCUCGCUGCGGACUCGGGUGCUGCAAGUAAUACCGUGACGCCUGCUGCAAGUGGCACGUCAACACCGUCAGGCGGCUUCGCUUCUGGGGCCGUGGCCCAGGACAACACUACAAACCCAACCAGUGGCUUCUCGCUUGCAGCGACGACGACGACAACAACAACAGAUAAGCCGGCAGACAAGCCAACUUUCUCAUUUGGGUCAUCUGUACAAAAACCAGCGGAAAGUAAAGCUCCUGAAACAAAGACGACAUUUAAUUUUGGCGGCAGCGCAACGCCUGCUGCAAACGAGAAGCCAGCCGAGAAGCAGGGUGGAUUCUCAUUUGGAACACCAGCAGUAUUGUCAAGUGAGAACAAACCUGCGGAUAAGUCAACCGGGUUCUCCGGGUUUGGCGCUCCGACAGAAUCAGCCAAGACUGAUAAGCCAGCUGAGAAAACUGGAGGUUUCGGUUUUGCCCUGGACUCGAGCAAAUCAGAGAAAGGUGCGGAUAAGCCAGCUGCUUCGGGCUUUGGGUUUGGUGCGCCUGCAGCCCCUGCUUCGGGCAAUAGCAAGGCCACAAAUGACACCAAGCCAUCAUUUGGCUUCGGAGGUGCCACUCAAACAACCAGCGACAGCAAAGCUCCUGCAGCACCUGCGCCGGCGAUUUUGAAGAACAAAACACUCGACGAGCUCGUUACAAAGUGGUCACAAGAUCUUGAGAAGUAUGCGAAUGCCUUUCAAAAGCAAGCGCGGCAGAUUGCAAAUUGGGAUCAGACUCUGCUCAGCUCGGGAGACGCCAUCUCGAGACUCUAUGCAGCGACGGCGACUGCAGAGCAAACUUCUGGUAAAGUAGACCAGGCUCUGACAUACAUCGAGCAUCAGCAAGACGAGCUCGAAGCUAUGCUGGAUGUGUAUGAAGCCCAAGUCAAGGAGAUCUCGAACGAAGUAGGUGUCUCGCAACCGGUCGACCUCGAGCGGGAAAAGGCAUAUGGUCAAGCUGAAAAGCUCAUCACCGAACUCGACGGUUUGGGCAAGGAUUUGGGCGGCAUGAUGACGGACAUCAACAAGUCCGCAGAGACCAUGAGUCAGUUGAAGGAAUCGGAUGCACUAUCAACCAUUGUCAAGACACUCAAUCAGCAUGUCGAGUCACUGUCUUGGAUCGAUGAAAAUGCAGCCUUGCUGUCCGACAAAUUGAAUGGACUGCAAGUCUUGGAGGCGGAAAAGUCACGUUUACCUACACAGAGGUCCACAUUUGGAAGCAUGAGGUUGUCAUAG